UGCACUGAGACACACCUGAGGGGGAGCAACUUGAGACCAGGCUUUGUUUGGUGUUUGAUUGGAUUCUUCAUGCUUGGUGAGGGACUUAAACUUGGAGUGAUUGCUUAGGCACAUCAGCCAAAAUCAAGGAACUCUGUUGUACUGAAACAACCUGCUGUGCAGUAGCGUGAGAUGUGCCAGGAACAGCACCGAAAAGGAUGAGCCAGCGCCUAUUGGUGGAUUAGCGCUGAGGCGGAUACUCAGCCAACCAAUGAGAAUCAAGCAAGUUUAUCUAGCAGGAAGACCUCACUGACGGCACCAACCCAGGAGAGGCGAGCGCCUUCGAAUUUGUGCUGUGUCUGAUAACUAAUGAGAUGGACAACAUGACAGCAGAUGGCAGGGAUGAACCACAGACUGACUUUAUCUACUGCCAUGGUGCCAUCACAGAGGUUCUCAAAUUUGGCUCCUGUCGGUUACACUCUGGACACAAGGUGCUUUUUCUUAUCAUUCCAGGUGAGUAACCGGGUCUUGUGGGCUUCUACAACACCUUCAUGCAGACACUUCAUAGUAUGUUUGGUUUAUUACUACCUGUGUGGGCUGUAAGCCACGCUGGCCACUGUGUGCCUCCUGAUUCCAUGGACAUGAUAGAAGAUCCCAGUAUGACUGAAAUGAGGACGAUGUUUGGUCUAACGGGCAGUGACCACAAGCUGUCCUUUCUCAGGAAGCACGUUCCAAGGGAAACAAGCCUUGUCCUGGUGGGCCACUCCAUUGGCUGCUACAUUAUUUUGGAGAUGAUGAAGAAAGAUCCUGAGCUUAAGGUUAUAAAGGCUGCCCUGCUGUUCCCCACCAUUGAGCGCAUGGCCAAGACUCCUCAGGGCAAGGUCAUGACCCCUGUGCUGUGCCACCUGCGCUACGUGGCCUACCUACCUGUCUUCCUACUCUCUCUGUUGCCUGAGGGACUCAAAACUGUCCUGGUCAAGCUGGUGUUUGCAGCCAUUCACUCACUGGACAACACUGUUAUACACCCUACUGUUAGUCUCCUCAGUGGUGACUGUGCAGCCAAUGCUUUGUACAUGGGUGGUCAAGAAAUGCAAAUAGUCCUGGAAAGAGACAAUGAAACCAUCAAGAAAAACAUUGAAAAGCUUUUGUUUUAUUACGGAGCUACAGACCACUGGUGCCCUGUUCAGUAUUAUCAUGAAAUCAAGCGGGACUUCCCAAGUGGACAUUUCAGACUUUGCGAAAAUGGGUUCCGUCAUGCCUUCGUCCUGGAUGCAGGAAGAGAAGUUGCUAGCAUGGCUGCGAAAUGGAUCUGCGGUGAUUUGAGGACCUGACUUUCUUCUGUAUGCUCUCUCCAUCCACUCUGUGCUGAGUUAGAUGAAUGUCUUUUGGCCAUCAUCGAUCACUGUGCCAACACUCAAUAUCCAGAUCAUUUAUCAAAGUUCAUUAGCCAGCUGUGGUGAAUUAGAACAGACUUAGUACAAUUUUAAGAUCUGUUUUGCAUUAGCAGACACUGUUGAAUUAAACUACAGGAACUGACCAUGAAAGUUAACUGCAGUGAAAGUAUUUUUCAAUGUAAAAUUUGUCAUGGUAGUGAACCAAAAUCUGACAAGUGUUGGUACAUGUAAUUCAUGGAACUUUUUUAAGUGACUUACAGUAAUCUCAAGGCCAACUAUAAUAUAUAAAUGACCAAUUUUAUUUGUAUAUCACUUUUAAAACAAGGUUACAAGGUGCUUCACAAGACGAAUAAUAACUGUCAUUCAUUAUCAGGAUAAUAAAACAGAAAUAAAAUAAUAUGUAGGUAAGAAAUGCAUAGAUCUUUCAGAAAGUACAAAGAGAUUAAUCAGAACUUGAUUUCCUCAGACAGGUCAUUCCAGUAUUUGUGGGUCCUGAUGGAAAACUCUUUGACACCUUUUGUAUUCAGUUUAGACACUGAAAGAACCAGAGGACCUUUCCUCAGUGAUCCCCCUAUACUUAACAAUUUACUCAUUGGGGAUCAAAAACUCUGAGAUAUGAUGGUACUGACUCCAAACGUGCCUUUGAGUAAUAAAUAAAAAUAAUAAAUAAACCCUAAAUUAUAUUUGUAACCAGUAAAGAAUUGGCUAAAAUGGGAAUAACAUGUUCAAUUCAGUUCAUUUCAGUUCUAUUUGUAUAGUGUCAAAUCAAGAUACUUUAUCGAAAUUCAACAGAUUUAGGCCAGUCCCAUGAAUCACUAUCUCCCCCAAAAGCAAGCACAGGGUGACAGUGGCAAGAAAAAAACUCUUUUAACAGGGCCAAAAAACCUUGAGCAGAACCCGGCUCUGGGUGGCUGGUCAUCUGCCUUGACCAUAAAAUGCCUCUGUAAUCUGUACUGAAUAUACACUACUCACAAAAAGUUAGGGAUAUUUGGCUUUUGGGUGGAAUUUAAGGAAAAUAUAAAAAGUUCACGC